AUGCGGGCCGCGUGGCGGCCGGUGUGGGGCCGCCGCGGCGUCACGCUGGGGAUGGGGCUCCUGGUGGUGGUUGUGGCGAUGGCGGGGGCAGACGACCUGGCGGGGGACGCGAGGGCGCUGCUGGCGUUCAGGGACGCGGUGGGGAGGCACGUGGGGUGGAACGGGAGCGACCCGGGGGGCGCGUGCUCGUGGACGGGGGUGACCUGCGAGGGCGGCCGGGUGGCGGUGCUGCGGCUGCCCGGGGCGGCGCUGGCGGGGCAGGUGCCGGAGGGGACGCUCGGGAACCUGACGGCGCUCCACACGCUCAGCCUCCGCCUCAACGCGCUCUCCGGCGCGCUCCCUGGUGACCUCGCCUCCGCCUCGGCCCUCCGCAACGUGUUCCUCAACGGGAACAAGUUCUCCGGCGAGUUCCCGCAGGCGUUGCUCGCGCUCCCGGGCCUCAUCCGCCUCGCGCUCGGCGGGAACGACCUGUCGGGGGCACUCCCUCCGGCGCUGGGUAACCUCACGCGCCUCAAGGUUCUCCUCCUCGAGAACAACCGCUUCAGCGGCGAGAUUCCGGACCUCAAGCAGCCGCUGCAGCAGUUCAACGUGUCGUUUAACCAGUUGAACGGAUCCAUCCCGGCCACGUUACGGUCCAUGCCGCGCUCGGCGUUCCUGGGGACGGGGUUGUGCGGUGGGCCCUUGGGCCCUUGCCCUGGUGAGGCCUCGCCUUCCCCUGCUCCGGGAGCGGGAGGACAGCCGGCGUCGCCGACUCCGGCGAACAACGGCGGCAAAGGCGGGGGAAAUGAUGGUGGAAGUGCAAAGAAGAGUAAGAAGCUAUCUGGCGGCGCCAUUGCAGGAAUCGCCAUAGGCUCCGUGGUGGGAGCGGCGCUCCUCCUGUUCCUCCUUGUUUGCCUCUGUUGCAGGUCGGGGCGUACCAAGACGCGGUCUGUGGAGAUGCCGCCUCCAUCUUCGACUCCUGCCGUUGUCACAGCUGGCAGGAAACCACCUGAGAUGACCAGCGCCGCGGCCGUAGCUCCCAUGGCUACCGUGGGCCAUCCUCACGCCCCUCUCGGUCAGUCGACUUCAGGGAAGAAGCUGAUAUUCUUCGGGUCGGCAGCAGCAGUGUCGCCCUUCGACCUGGAGGACCUGCUACGUGCAUCUGCUGAGGUGCUUGGGAAAGGCGCAUUCGGGACGACGUACAAAGCUGUGCUUGAAUCUGGGGCAACCGUGGCAGUGAAGCGGCUCAAAGAUGUUACCCUGUCCGAGCCAGAGUUCCGUGACCGGAUUGCUGACAUUGGUGAGCUUCAGCAUGAGUUCAUCGUUCCCCUUCGUGCCUAUUACUACAGCAAAGAUGAGAAGCUACUCGUCUACGACUUCAUGCCCAUGGGCAGCCUCUCUGCAGUUUUGCAUGGGAACAGAGGUUCUGGUCGUACACCGCUUAACUGGGAGACAAGAUCAAGCAUUGCCCUUGCUGCAGCCCGUGGUGUCGAGUACAUUCACUCAACAAGCUCAUCAGCAUCCCAUGGCAACAUCAAGUCAUCCAAUGUCCUCCUAACCAAGUCGUAUCAAGCACGUGUAUCAGACAAUGGGCUUUCUGCUCUUGUUGGUCCGUCGUCUGCACCAUCCCGUGCCACUGGAUACCGUGCUCCAGAGGUUACUGAUCCCCGAAGGGUACCCCAGAAGGCAGAUGUGUACAGCUUUGGCGUUCUCUUGCUUGAGCUGCUCACAGGCAAGGCCCCCAGUCAGGCUGCUCUUAACGAUGAGGGUGUUGACCUUCCCAGGUGGGUUCAGUCAGUUGUUCGCUCGGAAUGGACGGCAGAGGUGUUUGAUAUGGAGCUCCUGAGAUAUCAGCAUGUCGAGGAACAAAUGGUUCAGUUACUGCAGCUUGCCAUAGAUUGUGUUGCUUCAGUCCCAGAUGCCCGACCUUCAAUGCCGCAUGUUGUCUUGCGGAUUGAGGAGAUCAGAAAGUCAAGCGAAAGAGUGGAAGGUAGAGAUCAUCAGCAGCAGGCAUCAAAUCUCGAACAAGGCGAUGAUCAGACUUCUAAGCCAGAAUCCGCCGAGGGGACCAAUCCUUUUGCCCCUUGAUAUUGAAUAACGUGAGGGAGGAAAUCGGCUAACUACUGUAGCGCGUAUUCGGUUCAUGGAUUUGAUGAAUCCUAUCUUCAAUUGGGUGAACUCUUUCAUCUUUUAGCAAUAUUCAUUUAGCAUUGGGGUCAACCAGAUGGUUUUCUCGAUUGCACAUGAUGCUUGGCACCCUCUUGUGCUUAUCCCGGUGGUGUUUAGGGAUCACCACCCAAGUUUGUGAUAUUGCUUAAUUGCUGUGCUUAUUCUGGCUGAAUUAGCUUGGUUUUUAGCUAUCCAUGUAAUUACACAACGCAAUCUAGUGUUUGGAAUUUCUUGCCGGAACCAUUCAUGAGUUCUAGCUCCC